AUGAGCAGCACUAAUCCAACUGAAGAAGUCACCUCUAGACGUAACUCGUAUGCUCCAGUCGAGUUCACAGAGGAAGUCGAAAAACAAUGUCUAAAGCAGGUGGAGUUCUACUUUUCUGAGUUCAAUUUGCCUUAUGACAAAUUUCUACGCACAACAGCUGAAAAGAAUGGAGGAUGGGUCCCAAUUUCUACAAUUGCGACUUUCAACAGGAUGAAAAAGUUCCGUCCUGUGGACAGAGUAGUAGCUACUCUGCGCGGAUCUAAAAUACUUGAAAUUAGUGAAGAUGGCGAAAAUGUGAAGAGGCGUAUGCCAUUGGAUUUGCAAAGUGACGACAGGCGCGAAAGAGGUAACAGAACCGUGGUUGUGAUGAACUUUGACUUCUCCACAAAAGACGAGCAGAAAAGGUCCGAGCAGGAAAAGACCGCACUACAAGAAAGCGUGGAACAAUUUUUCGCCAAGUUGGGGUCCAUUAGUCAAGUUCGUUUGAAGAAAGAUCAUCGCAAGAAUUUCAAUGGCACUGUAGUGGUUGAAUUUGCCGAUGAAAAGAAUGCACAGGAGUUUGCUAACAAUUAUGGGCCCGACAAGGAGACUUUAUCUUACGAAGGACGCAAGCUAGACGUUGUCUCCAAGAAACAGUACGAUCAGCAGCGCGAGGCUACUCGCAGCAAAAACUUCAGCGGUUCAGGCCAACGCUCGCGCUCUUUUACUGGCCACAGGAAGAAUAUGCCAAAGUUGAAGAAGCCCAAGAAUGAAACAACAAAGAAAGAAGUGCCUCCAAUUAAGAGUGUCGAAGAAGACAAGACCGACAACACUUCACAAGAAGUGACUGAGUCUGCUGUUGCAUCAGAGUCUGCUGUGGAGUAG